UUCACUAGAUAAUGACACUCUGAUUAUAUCAGAGGAGAAUAAGGACGAUUCUUGUGUAAGACAUUCAUUGAAUUAUGAAACUCUGGCCUCAGGAAACAGUGUAGGAGGAUCACCAAAUUCAAGUUCAAUUUUUAAUGGUAAAGAUGAGUGUUGGGUGUACUAUAGUAGACAAAAUUCUGAUUUUGGAGGUGCACAUCUUGAGAAUUAUAAUGCAUGUGAUCAGAUUGAAUAUCAUAUCUCAAAAUACCGAAUCCUUUCUUGGAGGAAGAGGAAACUUCACUUUAGAUCUUCCAAGGUGAAAGGGGAGCUACUUCUGAAAAAACAUUAUGGAGAAGAGGGUGGAGAUGAUAUUGAUUAUGAUCGUAGGCUGCUGAGCUCUUCUGAUGAUUAUUACACUUGUGGCAAGUGGCAUAAAGUACAAGACUAUAUCACCACUAGUCAAUCAUUUGUUCCUGAAUUCGGGGAGAACAGUUUCACAGUAGGAAGUUGGGAGCACAAGGAAGUUAUUAGCCGAGAUGGACAGAUGAAGCUCCAUACCCAAAUAUUUUUCGCUUCAAUCGAUCAAAGGAGCGAACGUGCUGCAGGGGAGAGUGCAUGUGCAGUCUUGGUUGCUCUCAUUGCUGAUUGGUUGAAAGUGAACCAAGUUGUGAUGCCUAUCAAGUGUGAAUUUGAUAGCCUGAUUAGAGAUGGAUCAUCAGAAUGGAGAAUCCUUUGUGAGAACAAGGACUACAUAAAGAGGUUUCCGGAUAAACACUUUGAUCUUGAUACUGUUCUACAAGCCAAAAUCCGUCCGGUAUCUGUAGUACCAGAAAAGUCCUUCAUCGGAUUUUUCAUACCCGAAGAACUCGACGGCGAAGGUUUUGACUUCCUUCAUGGUGCAAUGUCCUUUGAUAGCAUAUGGGAAGAAAUAAGCCAUUCUGCAUCAGAACUGCACAUGUUUAGUGAGCCCUUGGUGUACAUAGUAAGUUGGAAUGACCAUUUUUUUGUCCUAAAGGUUGAGCAAGAUGCUUACUACAUUAUUGACACUUUAGGAGAGAGACUACAUGAAGGAUGCAAUCAAGCCUACAUAUUGAAGUUUGAUACAAACACCAAAAUUGAUAAACUGAGUAAUGGAAAUCAAGCAUUGGAACCAAAACAUCUCACUGUUGAAAAUGAAGGAAAUGAUGGAAGGAAGGAGAUUAUAUGUAGAGGCAAGGAUUCAUGCAAAGAGUACAUUAAGAGCUUCCUGGCUGCAAUUCCUAUAAGGGAACUCCAGGUUGAUGUCAAGAAAGGCAUGAAAGCAUCCAUGCCACUGCAUCAUAGACUACAAAUUGAAUUCCACUACACACACCUUUAGUAAUCCAUUAUGAUACAAGCAACAAUAGCUGAUUUGUUAAUAAUGGCAGUGGUGUUGGCUGUUUCUUAGUGCAAUUUCAGAGAGUUACUGUGAUUGGUAACUAAUGUUUUCCCCUUGAGUUUUUUCACAUUAACUAGUGUUAGAAAACCAUUUUAGUUGCUUAGCCUGAGCUGAAGAUUCAGUUUUUGUGAAUUUUUGUGGCCUGGUCUUCUAGUUAAUAAUGUUCCUGAUCAUGUUGAGGACUUUCGGAUCGUAACAUCUAACACAUCACAUUUCAUGUGCAUGUUACUUGUCAUUCCCUUGCAUGUUCUUUUUUAUUUGUUUCAAGACAGAAAAUAGAAGUU